CUUGUAGUUCUAUGUUUGGUGGCGGGAAAAUCGAUCGAUAUUUUGUUCGUAGUCCGUACUUCGUUGAGCGUGUGGCAACUGAUGACGACGUCUGUGUACGGUUUCUUAGUCUAAUUUUAUAAAUAAUAUGUUAUAAAUUAGAUUAGAAGAUUUUUAGAUCAAUUAUAGCUGCAAUUCAGUAAGAUGACUUCUAUGUGUUUGUAUUUGUUUUUCACAUUUUUAAUUGCGGUUUCUGGUGAGUUUGUGUGGAAACAUCACAAUAAUGAGGAACUACCCUUGGUUUUGGAAGAAGUGCACGAAAAAUGUCCAAACAUUACAAGAAUUUACGCUUUAACUGAAACAUCAGUUAACAACGUACCGUUGUAUGUUAUAGAAUUUUCGGAUACGCCUGGAUUUCAUCAGCCAUAUAAACCCGAAGUUAAAUAUGUUGGAAACAUUCAUGGAAACGAAGUCCUCGGUCGUGAGUUGCUUCUGGGAUUAGCUUAUAACUUGUGUGAGCAGUAUAUUAAAAAUGAUCGUCGUAUUAGAGCUCUUAUACAUAGCACUAGAAUUCAUUUGUUACCAUCAAUGAAUCCUGAUGGCUGGCAACUAGCUACAGCAACUGGUGCCAAAGAUUAUCUAAUUGGACGUACAAACCAUCAUAAUGUUGACCUCAAUAGAAAUUUUCCUGAUUUAGAUGCUAUUACUUUUGAGCUGGAGCGUCAGGGAAUCAAUCAUAACAACCACUUGCUGAGAGACUUGACCCGUUUAGCUGCACCGCUGGAGCCUGAGACUCGAGCUGUAAUGCGCUGGAUUAUGUCAGUUCCAUUUGUGUUAAGUGCGGCUAUGCAUGGAGGGGAUUUAGUAGCAAACUAUCCUUAUGAUGAAAGCCGGAGCGGUGCACCCGCUUCAGAGUACUCUGCAAGUCCUGAUGAUGAUACUUUUAGAGAGUUGGCUAUGGCAUAUGCAUCAGCCCAUGCUGACAUGGCAUCAGCCACUCGUAAGGGCUGUCAUACAACCAGUUCCGAUGACUCUGUUGCAUUUAAUUUUGGUAAACAAGGUGGAGUCACUAAUGGUGCAGCAUGGUAUAGCUUGAAAGGAGGUAUGCAAGACUUUAACUACCUUGCAACAAAUGCGUUCGAGAUCACAUUGGAAUUGGGCUGUGAGAAAUAUCCUGCCGCUAGUCAAUUACUUAAUGAAUGGGAACGUAACAAAGAGGCUCUCUUAGCGUUCAUGUGGAAAGUGCACAUCGGUGUUAAAGGGAUUGUGAGCGACGACUCCGGCUUCAUACAGAACGCGGUGGUGUCGGUUGUGAACAUUACUGGUCCAGUUCCGAGGCCAAUCCGACAUGACGUAACAACUGGUCCUUACGGCGAUUACUACCGGCUGCUGACCCCGGGCCACUACGAGGUGACGGCGAGCCAUCCCGGAUACUUUCCGGUUUCCCGCGUCGUCACGGUGCCGCAUCACCAGACCUCCGCUCACGUGCUUAACUUCAGACUUGAGCCCACGUCGAGCUGGUUCGACUCGUCGUCGUUCGGCGUGUACCCGCACGGGCUGCGCGACGGACAGCCGCGCAUCUACAAGCGCUCGCUGUUCCAGCACGUCGCACGCGCCGUGCUGCAGCGCAGGGACUAACUCACUGAGUACGUACACACCCGCGGCGAACAGUAACUCAUAUUAUCCAACUACCAACAGUUUAUUAGCACGUUUCAAGUCUCUCUAUCUCUAGUUAGUAUUCUGACUGAAUUAAAAAGACCAGUAUAUAUGCUGACAAAGUUUAUAAUUGUGAAUAAGACGACUCUUGAGUAUGAAUUUGACCUUUAAACCAGACAAUAUCUGGGGUAAGGUCCAAAGAUGUCACGAAGCUUGCAAUAGAUAAAACUAAAUUAUGAUUGCUUGUCUUAAGUACAGUCUUCAUAGGUGUUGUAGUUAUUUUUAUUAUAAUAUAUUUAGACCAAUAUCAGCUUUAAGGUCUAUAUUACAAACGGGGAGUGAAACUUAAUAUAAUCUUGUGUGUAAAUCAAUAUAUCUAUAAUUAUAAUUGUUUAAAAUAUCACAUACAUUAAUUAUAACAUGUAAUUAUGCAGCUAUUAUUCUUUUUAAUAAUAUGUAACCAUAAUGUAUUACCAUAGAUAUAGUUAUCCAUUUUGAACUCGGUGCCAUAAAUACGGUCACAUUAGAUAUAGUAAUAAUAUAAUAAAUAUAUAUUUAUAGUUUAUAAUUUUAUCUUUGUUGUUGUAGCGUAAUUGAAAUUAAACACUUUCUAGUCCAACA